UCAGCAGGAAGAGACAGCAAAGCAAGAUGCAAUUGUCCACAGCCGUCAUUUUCUGCUCUUUGUUUCUCUGCGUCAGCAGCCAAAGUUGGUUCUCAUUCAUGAGGGAUUUUGGUGAAGUUCCAGAGGCCAUGGUGGGACCCUACCGAGCCCACAAAUUCAUGCAAGAGGUCGAGAACGAAAAUUUAGGCAGAUUGAUCCUUGCCCUAAUGAACUAUGUUGCUGAACCAAGGGGCCCUGGCGGUGUCUCAGCAGACAAAGUGACCAGGGAUUCAGAGAGACUUACCCAAGAAGCACAGACUUUAAACCAUGGAGACAGUGGCCACGGACAGAAAGAUUCCAUGGAUGACCAAUUUGCCAAUGAAUGGGACUGGAUUGAUGAAGACGUCAAUAUCUUCCGGCAUUGAGGCCUGUCUAGGAAGUACUGAGUUUCAUCCUCACCUGCUCUCAGGAGACCCGGCUGUGAGCCUCAGCGG